UUGGUUGAAAGUGUGGUUAUUGAACGAGUAGUCGGUACAAGGCACAUUUUAAAGAUUCGACGAUGGCUCCAGUCGAUUAUCGAUAGAUUAACAAAGGAUUGGAAGCCAGCGCUAUGCCAAUCGCUGUUCACUGAAGCAGAACUCAUCGAACUGUGCUAUCGAGCGAGAGAAACAUUCUGGAGUCAAAAAACAAUGAUUGAGGUCAGCUCGCCAGUUCAAAUCUGCGGCGACAUUCACGGGCAGUACGAAGACCUUCUUGCACUCUUUCACCUUAAUGGCUUCCCACCUACGAAAAAGUACUUGUUUCUUGGAGAUUACGUCGAUCGUGGACCCUACUCACUCGAGGUUAUAGCGUUACUCUUCGCCUAUAAGGUUGAAUAUGCAAUACGGCUUUUACAUGGAAAUAAAGAAACGGUAAAGCACUUGUCUAAACACGGCGUCCGCAUCCAAGCUGUUUAUUCAGCUCAAUGCCUUCUUUUCAGGUACUCUGCCACACUGUAUGAAUGCUUUCAAUACGCCUUCUAUACAAUGCCGUUUUGUGCACGCGUCGAGAAGAGAAUUCUUUGUAUGCAUGGCGGUAUUAGUGAAGAACUUAUGGACUUCAAACAGAAAAUCGAACGACCAUGUGAUAUACCAGACAUUGGUGUGAUUGCUGAUCUAACUUGGGCUGAUCCUGAUCCGAACAUUUCCGGAUUCGAGGAAUCGCCUCGAGGAGCAGCGCGAAUAUUCGGAGCGGACGCAUUAAAGAAUUUUUGUAAACUUCAUGGACUAGAUCUUGUUGUGAGAGCUCACCAGGUAGUACAAGAUGGCUACGAAUUUUUCGCCGAUCGACAUCUAGUGACAAUAUUCUCGGCUCCAAACUACUGUGGUCAAUUCGACAAUACUGCCGCUGUAAUGCUUGUCAGCAAAGACCUAGUAAGUGGAUCCCUUGAGUAUUGA